AUGGAGCUCUCCAUCAUCAAGAAGAGAUGGUCUCUUUGUAUAUUGAGUGUAUUCUUUGUCUCUUUUCUCUUCAUUUUUCUCCAUGAUCAAGGUCAGAGUCUCAUCACCAUUAUUCCAUCUCUUGGUAACUCGGAUAUCGAUAAUUAUAAGACUACGCAAAAUAGCUCAUGUCUAGUAGCGCAAGAGAAGAACUCGACUCUACAACUCAAUACUACUAAAGAGACGGAAGUAAGUACACCAGCAGAGGACGAACUUGUACUGAAGUCAAAUGGUACUAGAGAAGUGAAAUCAGAGAAAUUGAUGUCAAAUGGCACUAUGGAAGUGAAAUCAGAGAAAUUGACGUCAAAUGGUGCUAUGGAAAUAAAAUCAGAGAAAUCGAAGGAGGAAAAGUGCGAUAUAUUUGAUGGGAUGUGGGUUUAUGAUCCAAAGAGUUAUCCACUCUAUCAUGAUCAUCAAUGUCCUUUUCUUAGUGAACAAGUGAGUUGCCAGAAAAAUGGGAGGCCAGAUUCAAGUUAUGAGCACUGGAGGUGGAAACCAAGGGGGUGUGAUAUACCAAGGUUUAAUGGGACUUACAUGUUGGAGAAAUUGAGAGGGAAGAGAAUGGUGAUCAUUGGUGACUCUAUUAAUAGAAAUCAGUGGGAGUCACUUGUAUGUAUGCUCUACGCUUCAAUUAAGCCAUCUCGUGCCUUGGUCAACUUGCGCGGCUACUACAGAACCUUUCGAGCUCUGGACUAUGGUUUCUCGCUGGAUUUCUCUUGGAGUCCAUUCCUGAUCAAAAUGUACGAAACGAGAAACAGAUCGAAGGUGUUGAAGCUCGAUGAGCUUUCAGAGCCGAAGAGAUGGAAAGGUGCCGAUGUGAUGGUGUUCAACACCGGCCACUGGUGGACUCAUACUGGCAGGUUUAAAAGAUGGGACUAUUAUCAGGAUGGGGAAAAGAUCGUGCAGGAGAUGGAAGGCCACUCAGCAUUUGAGACCGCACUGAGCACUUGGGCUCGUUGGAUCGACCACACCGUGAGUCCGACCAAAACCAGUGUUUUCUUUCGCAGCAUCUCCCCCGAACAUAAAAGGUCGAAUCUGCACCAGUGUUACAACCAGACUCAACCGAUCACCAACGACAACGAGGCUUACAGGAAAACGUUUCCAGCAGCAAUGGUGAACAUAGUGGAACAAACUAUAAAGAAGAUGAGGGUUCCAGUUAAUUACCUCAACGUCACUCGAUUAUCAGAGUAUCGGCGUGAUGCACAUACAUCUGUGUACACUGUGAGGCAAGGGAAGCUUCUAAACGAGGAGCAACGAAAGCAGCCUCAGUUGUUUGCUGAUUGCAGCCACUGGUGUCUUCCAGGAUUGCCAGAUACCUGGAAUGCUUUGAUUCAUGCUCUCCUUGUCGAACCUCCCUUAUUUUCUCCGUAG